UUACCAAUCUCUUCACACCAUGGUAAUGGGUGAAGACAUGGUCCCACUGGAAGUUCAGAUUUGAACAAAGGAGAUGCAUUUGCAGGCAGAAUUUGGAUUUGCAGCUCACUGGCGAUAGAAGGAAGGGGACUGUAAAUACUCUUCUUUUGUGCUUCAGAUGGUGGAGUGGGCCAGAUCGGUGGUCACCUGGCAGUGUGAGACAAUGAGCAAGGACCAGACCUCAUCCCAUGGCAAUUCCAACUCCAUUAGGCCCCCAUGUUCAUUUCCUUCUCAUACUGAUGAUUGUCCAUAUUCUUAUGUACCUUGCUGUGGAGAAGAUGGACCUGUUUUUGUCAUCAUGAUGGAGAAUGAUAAGAUGUCUGUUCAAGAGUUUCCGGCAAACUCAACUAUGAUGGAUCUAAUGGAUAGAGCUGGGCAGGGAAACUCAAAAUGGUAUCCAUACUGGUUUUCUGUUAAGGAAGAGUUGAGACCUAGACUGAAUCGCGAGCCUGUGAGUGAUCCUACAUGCAAUUUGAAAAUGGGGGAUGUGGUGGAGCUGACUCCAACCAUACCUGAUAAAUCCUUGACGGUGUACAGUGAAGAGAUCCAGCAGAUGUAUGACCGUGACAGCAACAUAUCUGUCAAUGUGGCUGAUGCCAUGCAAGCUUGCAAACUUACUACCUCUCAGAAUGACCUUGAAUCUUGGGACAAAAGUUUGAAGGCCUUUGAGCAACUGGGUAUGAAUGUUGGCUUUUUACGUACUCGACUGCACCAGCUUGUGAGCAUCCUCACCUUUGACUCAGAAGAGGCAAUGGACACAAAGAUGUACAAAGAAACUAUGUUCAAAAGGGCUUGUUUGGAAGAGGAGAUAAAAUAA